ACCACUAGUAACAAUAAUUGGAGCUGUCCAUCAACACCUCCUCACAUACCAGGGAAUUGCAUUAUGCAAACAGCAGCCACCAAAGCCAACAAAAAAGCCAAGUUUAGAGGCCCGCCGGAGGAAGCUGUAGAAACAGAGGAUGAUGGCGACCCAGAUGGGGGGAAGGCCGUAUCAUGUCCGGGAGCCAUAGCAUCCGGGUUUGAAGUCCGGCUUGAAGGAAUGGUCGGCAGUGAUGACUCAGAAGGAGGAAGUGUGACACCGCCGGGAGAAGGAAACAGGGGAGUGAUGUCUGGGGACAGAGCUGGAGAGAACAGAGGAACACCUGGCAAGACAGCAGGCGCAGCUGAAAUAGUUGAAACUUUCCUACUUGGUGCUUCAGAUGCUAAUGCUGAUGAAGACUGGUAGGCCAUGAAGAAGAUCAUCGACAUUGCCAAGAUUGACCAACAAAAGGAACCCAUAAAUGAUGAUAGAAUGAUAGAAUCAAUGCCUUUAUUAUGAA